GCAAUGAGUAACCUGCUCCAGAACACAUCUUCUUUAAUAUUUGAUGUACAAGAGGGAAGGAAUGCCUCGCCCACCCCAACCUGGGAGCUGCAGGCGGUCUCCGUCAACCCCUGGGACGUAGCUCUGUGUGUCACCGGCACGCUCAUGUCGUGCGAGAAUGCGGUGGUGAUUGCCUUGAUUAUAUAUACGCCCACCUUGAGGGCUCCCAUGUUCGUCCUGAUAGGGAGCCUGGCUGUCGCCGACCUACUGGCGGGGCUGGGACUCAUCCUGAAUUUUAUCGUCACCUACAUUCUCGAUACGGGCUUCGUGACGUUGCUGUCUGCGGGGCUUCUCAUUACCGCCUUCUCCGCCUCCGUGCUGAACAUUCUGGCGAUCACAGUGGACCGGUACCUCUCCCUCUACAACGCGCUGACGUACCACACGGAGCGGACGAUGACUUUCACGUACGUUAUCCUCGUGCUCAUGUGGUUGACCAGUUCGGCGCUGGGCUCGCUGCCGAUCCUUGGCUGGAACUGCCUCGAGGACGAGACGACUUGCAGCAUUUGCCGGCCGGUCAACAAAAACAACGCGGCCGCGCUGGCCGUGUCGUUUCUGCUCGUUUUCGCCCUUAUUUUGCAACUGUACCUUCAGAUUUGUAAGAUUGCCUUCCGGCACGCGCAGCAGAUAGCCGUCCAGCAUCAGUUUAUGACUACCUCGCACGCGUCUUCCACUACUAAAGGGGUCUCCACGUUGUCUGUUAUCUUGGGUACGUUCGCGAUUUGCUGGAUUCCGUUCGCCAUGUACUCCCUGGUAGCAGACACGAGGUACCCCGCGAUAUACACUUAUGCCACUGCUCUUCCCGCCAUUGGGCACUCCAUCAUAAAUCCAGUCAUAUAUGCCUUCAGAAACCCCGACAUCCAGAGAUCCCUACGGAUAGCCUGCUGUGGAUGUUUACCCUACAGCUUCACAAUGCGACCAAGGACACCAAGUGAUGUGUAG